CAAGCGCGGUUCGCGGGUCAAUAUAAAAAAUAAUAUAAAUCAAAAAUUAACUGAAAAUUAAAAUUCAAAAAGUAAGCGAAACAGAAAAGACAAUAACUGUCACAUUAAAAGUGUAAUGAAAAGGAGUUUUUGUGUACAUACAAAGAAAAUAAAUUUGAAAAAAUAAAAUAUUAAAGAAAAGCUAUUAAGGCACCCUGUCGGUAAUUGCUCAUUUUACAAGACUUCGCUAAUUAAAUUAUUGAGCGAAAAAAGUGUACGUAACUCACACCGGCACACACACGCCCAUAUAUAUAUACACAGUCACUCACUAACACGCUGGAUGCGCUCGCCAAAAAUCGGAGAUGCAAAAAUGUGUGCCAGUGUCAUAAAUCAAAUUAACACCGACUGCGUUAGCAGUAGCCACAACAACAACAAAAGCCAAACAAUCAUCAACACAACCGAUUGUGACGUCAUGUCACACACCAACAAUCGCCGUCAACGCUGUGAGUUCACUGCCACAACACGCGUCGCUGCGCGCAAGUCCACGAUGACGCUGCCAUCGACAUCGCUGCCGCUGCUGCUACUCGGCACUACAUUGUUGUUGUUGUGCGCAUUGAAACCGGCCAAUGCAGCCGCCACGGCAACUGCUGGGCCAACCAACAAGAGUGCACGCGAAAUAAUCAGCAACAGCGGUGUGGAAGAAAAAUCACCGAAUCCAAAAGCGACUGUAAUAGCAGCAACAACAACACAUAGAGCACCCUCUGUCUGCACUGUGAUUAUAGACGAUAAACCAGAGACGCGUGAAAUCGGCGCAGUUUGGGUUUCCUCGCAAGAUGCAUGCAACAUACACACCUGCGAACAAGAUGAAAACAGCGCGCCGCGAGAGACCAUUACCAAUGUAGAUUGUGGACAGUUCUAUUGCGAUGUGGAUUCAGAGUUACGUCCACAACCCGGCAGCUGCUGCGGCGAAUGCGUGCGCACCAAGUGUCGCUUCAACGAUACCGUCUACGAUCUGGGACAGACUUGGCAUAGUCCGGACGGUUGCACCAUGUACGAAUGCGCACCGCUACCCGAACGCUCCGUCGUCACACCAAUGAUUAAUGUGUUCGAGAAGACUUGUGCGCCGCUGCCGCUGGAUUGUCCACGUGAGCAGGUGUAUGUGAAGGACUGCUGUCAGCAAUGCCGCGGCCGCGAAGCACCGACGGCGCGCUCCAAUAGAAUGCGUGAGCAGAACGGUGAUAUUUGGACAGAAGAAUUCUAUCGCAAUCAUCCGUGCGCACGCGAAUGUCAAUCAAAUGCCGAUCCGAUGACCUGUCGUUACAAUUUUGUGGUAGAAUGGUAUGAGACUAUGUCAAAGGCUUGCUAUGGUUGUCCACAGAAUGGCACAGACUGUGAGCGACCGCAUUGUGUGCUCGGCGAUGGUAUCGAACGCAGCGUUAUGGUGGUGAAUCGCAUGAUGCCGGGUCCAUCGAUUGAGGUGUGCGAGGGUGAUAUGAUUGUGGUCGACGUGCAUAAUCAUCUACUGGGUGACAGUACCACCAUACACUGGCAUGGCAUGCAUCAACGCAACUACCCAUAUAUGGAUGGCGUGCCGCAUAUCUCGCAGUGUCCCAUCUCGCCGCAUUCCACAUUCCGUUAUCGCUUUCGUGCGGAAAAUACCGGCACACACUUCUGGCAUUCGCACACCGGCAUGCAACGUGGUGAUGGCGUCUUCGGCGCGCUCAUUGUGCGUCGUCCGCGCGCUAUGGAGGCGCAUGGGCAUCUCUAUGAUUUCGACUUGUCCGAACACAAGAUGAUCUUGCAGGAUUGGGUGCAUACACCCGGUGUAAGCAUAUUUUCGUCGCAUCAUCACUCACGCGGCGACAAUAAGCCGGUGAAUUUGCUGGUGAAUGGACGCGGUCGCUUCUACUAUGCGAUCUGGGAUCAAGCUAAGAAAGAGGCGCGUACGGCCACAGUUAACAAGCCAAAUACUCAGGAUGAUAAGCCAGUAACACCAAGCCCAACUUCGACUACUACUACAACCACUCCAACAACAAGCACCACACCAUUAACCUUUGUACUCAAUCAAUCGGAGGUUGGAGGUCAAUACGAUUUGACACCUUCCCAAAUAGAGCUUCUACAGCCGCACAACGAUACCAGUCGCAACAACAUGCGUCUGCGCAAUAUUAAUGAGAUCUCACGUCUAACGCAUGUGGCACAGCAGCCACCGUCGCCAUCGGACCGUAGUGACGCCGAACCGGAAGUGGAGUUUGAUCUUACAGCGCAACCCACCAACGUGCAGCGUACGAAACGCGCUGUUGACGACAUCCAAUUGCAUCAAAUGCCACUACAAAUCUUCCACGUGCGUCGCGGUUUCCGUUAUCGCUUCCGCAUUAUCAACGCCGAGUUCCUCAACUGUCCCAUCGCUUUGUCCAUUGACAAUCACACACUCUUAGCUAUACACUCGGAUGGCUAUGAUUUCGAACCACUCGAGGUGGGCGCCAUGGUCACCUAUGCUGGCGAACGUUUCGACUUCGUAUUGAAUGCAAAUCAGUCCAUCGGCAACUAUUGGAUACGUUUCAAGGGUCUAAUGGAUUGUAGCGAUCAAUUUACAUCCGCUUUUCAAGUGGGUAUAUUGCGUUAUGAGGAUGCUAGUGAGACAGAGCCAAGCGGCGUGCUGGGUUGGCAACACAAAGCCGACGGCAUCGAGCUGAAUGCGAUGAAUCGCGGCUCGGGACAUCCGGAUUCAUUGACUGCCGCCGAAAUGACAGCGCUACCAAUUUACGAUACAGUACCGGGUGUGGAUCGUGAUGCGCUCAAACCCGUGGCUGAUUAUAAAUUUUUCGUCUACUAUGAUUUCUAUGCCAAGGACAAUCCGGUUUUCCAUCCUAGUGAUUACUACAGCUUCAACGACAGCUUGGGUAAGACCAACAAGUUAUACACACCACAAUUGAAUCACAUUUCACUGAAGAUACCACCGAUGGCACUGAUGCCUGAACGCAAUAAUGUCGAUGAUUCGCUCUUCUGUAAUGACACAAGUCUGGCGCAGCAAGGCAUUGAUUGUAGAACAGAUUUCUGUAAUUGUCAUCAUGUGCUACAAGUGCCGUUAAACUCCGUCGUUGAGCUGAUCGUGGUCGAUGAAGGUUUCACGUUCGAUGCAAAUCAUCCCUUCCAUUUGCAUGGCAAUGCUUUUCGUGUGGUGGGCCUAGAACGUUUGGGCUCCAAUGUCACUAUUGAAAUGGUGAAACAACUCGAUCGCUACAAUUUGCUCAAACGCAAUCUCGAUAGACCACCGAUCAAGGACACCGUGACCAUACCGGAUGGCGGUUACACCAUUUUACGCUUCGAGGCUUAUAACCCCGGCUUUUGGCUCUUCCAUUGUCAUAUCGAAUUUCAUGCGGAAAUUGGCAUGGCGCUUAUUAUCAAAGUUGGUGACAAUGAUCAAAUGAAGUCGACGCCAAAGAAUUUCCCUACUUGCCAUGAUUAUAUGCCGAAAGAUGGUGAAGACGAAAUUGAAGAAGACAGCGGUGAAGAUAAGAAUAACAAUACGGCUACAAGCACUCCCAUCACUACACCAAGCACUGGUGGCGCCGUCGCGCUGAGUGCUCAGGGUUAUGGCGUGCUCUCAGCGCUCCUGGUUUUAUGCGCUUUACACUGGCGUCGCUUAACCGCCAUCGUGGGUAUCCACUAAACUCAUAAUGUUAGUGAUCGUUAGUAUAGUUUGUUAUUAACAUAUUUGCCUGAUCGGCACGGAUCAAGCUUUUAGUUUUUAAGUACAAAGGCUUUCAAUAAUAACUGUGAUUAAUUAGGAUAAUGAAUUUUCGUUAAUAUAUUCGAUAUUUAAUGCAAAAGUCCCCGAAAUCUGGAUCAUAUGCAUAGACACAUAUUUUAUAUUUAAUACAUAUAUAAUAUUU